AUGGCUGACUGCGGGGAACAGACUCCCCACCAACCAAAGCUCCAGAGAGUGGCAUGCCAGCCUGAGAACCCUUUUUCAAAACUCAUAACCGACCAAUCAAUUGCAAUUGUCCCUUCGUUCACUCUGGAAUCCGGUGUCACGCUGUAUAAUGUUCCUGUGGCAUAUACAACCAAGGGCAAACUCUCGCCGGCAGGAGAUAAUGCUCUGGUAGUAUGCCACGCCUUGAGUGGAAGUGCAGAUGUUAGUGACUGGUGGGGGCCACUUCUCGGCGGCCCUGGGCAGGCCUUUGACGUUACCAGAUUCUUCAUUAUCUGUCUGAACAGUCUGGGCAGUCCGUACGGGACCGCUAGUGCAGUCACAUACAAGGAUGGUGACAAGUCAAGGGGCUUAUAUGGACCGGAGUUUCCAUUAACUACCAUAAGAGACGAUGUCAACCUCCACAAAGUAAUAUUGGACGAUCUAGGUGUUCGCCAGAUCGCCGCCGUAGUUGGCGGCUCCAUGGGUGGUAUGCUCACGUUGGAGUAUGCUUACUUUGGCAAGGAUUACGUUCGGUGUAUCGUGCCAAUCGCGACGUCAAGUCGGCACUCGGCGUGGGGUAUAAGUUGGGGUGAAGCACAGAGACAGAGCAUCUACAGCGAUCCCAAAUACGAGGAUGGCUACUAUCCGUUUAGUGACCCACCUGCCACUGGGCUCGGUGCUGCGCGUAUGUCAGCGUUGUUGACAUAUCGCAGCCGGAACUCAUUUGAAGCCAGGUUCGGCCGAAAUGUGCCUGAUCCGUCGAAACGACAGAACAUCAACGGCACGCAGCGCCUGCCAACUCCACCCAACGAGCACUGGGCCGUCCAUAAUGAUGGCCAUAAAAGCACACGGCCGUCUCAACCAUCAAGUGGAGCGCAUACACCCAGGCCACAAACUGAACUUCAGUUCACCGACCCUCAGUUCACAGGUGCGGCCGUAUACACCGCACAUGCACCAAUCCCCGCAUCCCCAGGCUCUGUUGCUUCUCUAGACCUAUCCAAGCGACCCGCAACCUACUUUUCUGCCCAAUCUUAUUUGCGAUACCAGGGGGAGAAAUUUGUCAAGCGUUUUGACAGCAAUUGUUAUAUUGCAAUUACCCGUAAGCUAGAUACGCAUGAUGUGUCGAGACACCGGGCAGACCAAGCAUCUCAAACACCCGUAAAGGAUGCGCUAGCUCAGAUCAAUCAGCCUGCCCUUGUCCUUGGAAUUGAAAGUGACGGCCUAUUCACCUUCGCCGAACAGCAGGAAAUUGCCGAUGGCAUCCCGGAUUCACGACUAAAAAAUAUCGACAGCCCUGAAGGCCACGACGCUUUCUUGCUACAGUUUGAGCAGGUGAACAGAUACAUCCUCGAAUUUUUCAGGGAAGUUCUACCGGACAUAAUGGCUCCUUUGGAGGCGGAUGCGAAUCCUGCAGGUGACCAUGUUGGUAAGCUGACAAAAAGUAGCACGUUCGGCGAAGCAGAGGUGGAGGACAUCACUGCAUGGUGA